UAAAAAAUAUAGGUUAUGAGUAAUCCCUUAAAAAUAUUAACUGUAUAAUUAUAUUAAUAAUUGAGUAUUUUUCUACGAGGUCAAAAUGAUUCCUCGUCUCACAUAUGUAAUCAAUAUUUUGAAAAAUUUAGAGAGAAACAUCAUACAAUCAUUUGGUUAUCCUCCAAAAGAACUGGCCUUAGCUUAUGCUCAUCAGAAGCAAGUACCGCGUCAAUCGACUAAAUUUACUCUGAAAGAUCUUGUUGGAGAUGGUAUUUUGCUAGCCGUACCAAAGUUUAGACGGACUGUAGAAAAAAGGUGGAAAAGGAAGUUUGGAAGCCCAGAUUAUGUUUGGAAAAUGCUUGUACCGAAAACCAACAUAGCCAUAUGUAAUGAAUGUGGACAUCACCAUGAGCGUGGACGCCUUUGUGGAAAUUGCUACAAAAGAAUAGAAACUGAAACAAAGGAAAUUCAAGCUAAAAUUGAGGAGAAACUGGGAAAUAAUAAACCUAUUGAAAAUGAUGUUAUUGUAUUAUAUGAUGGAGAAAAACUUCCUGAUGAGACUAAAGAAUUCUGGCAAGGAAAGAGAAUUGUUGAAAUGAAAAAAGAAAGACCACAAUGGUUUAGUAAGAAUCUUCUGCAGAAAACAACCCAGCAGCCUUCAGAUUCUAAAGAUGUGAAACCUACUGACUUAGCUUAGGUUUGUCUUUUAUUAUAAGUUUAGAAAGUCAAUAAAUAAUGUAUUCUAGAACCAGAUAUAA